UGAGACCUGCCCCGACCUCCCUUCGACACAUCCAAGUUUGGAGACGACCCCCACUCCCGCCAGUGCCCCAUCUCCUGGGUCCCAAGGCCACUGCCCGGGCACCUCCGGCUUUGGCGCCUUCCCCGUUCCGACCUGACGCUCCCUCCCUGCCUUGGCGACCCCCGUGCCUGGCCACCAUGGCGGCCGGCGUGGCUACCUGGCUGCCCUUUGCCCGCGCGGCCGCCGUGGGCUGGCUGCCCUUGGCCAAGAAGCCGAUACCCAAACCGCCCAGCGACAAGCGACCCCGGGGGGACGAGAUCCUGGUGGUGAACGUGAGCGGCCGGCGGUUCCAGACCUGGCAGAACACGCUGGACCGGUACCCGGACACACUGCUGGGCAGCUCAGAGAAGGAGUUCUUCUACGACGAGGACAGCCAGGAGUAUUUCUUCGACCGCGACCCAGAGAUCUUCCGCCACGUCUUGAACUUCUACCGCACCGGCCACCUGCACUACCCCCGGCAUGAGUGCAUCCAGGCCUUCGACGAGGAGCUGAGCUUUUAUGGCAUCAUCCCGGAGCUGAUCGGCGACUGCUGCCUAGAGGAGUACCGUGACCGCAAGAAGGAGAACGCCGAGCGGCUGGCUGAGGACGAGGAAGCGGAGAGCGCCACCGACCUUUCGCUGCCGCCGGACAGCACCGUCCGGCAGCGGCUGUGGCGGGCCUUCGAGAACCCCCACACCAGCACUGUGGCCUUGGUCUUCUACUAUGUCACCGGCUUCUUCAUCGCUGUCUCGGUGAUCGCCAACGUGGUGGAGACCAUCCCCUGCCAGCCGCCGCCUGGCCGGAAGCGCCAGCAGCCCUGUGGCGACCGCUUCCCCUUGGCCUUCUCCUGCAUGGACACAGCCUGCGUCCUCAUCUUCACCGGCGAGUACCUGCUCCGGCUCUUCGCCGCCCCCAGCCGCUGCCGGUUCCUGCGCAGCGUCAUGAGCAUCAUCGACGUGGUGGCCAUCCUGCCCUAUUACAUCGGGCUGGUGAUGCCGGAGAACGAGGACGUCAGCGGGGCCUUUGUCACCCUGCGGGUCUUCCGGGUCUUCCGCAUCUUCAAGUUCUCCCGGCACUCGCAGGGCCUGCGGAUUCUGGGCUACACGCUCAAGAGCUGCGCCUCCGAGCUGGGCUUCCUCCUCUUCUCGCUGACCAUGGCCAUCAUCAUCUUCGCCACCGUCAUGUUCUACGCCGAGAAAGGCACCCGCAGCACCAAUUUCACCAGCAUCCCGGCCGCCUUCUGGUACACCAUCGUCACCAUGACCACGCUGGGGUACGGGGACAUGGUUCCCAGCACGAUCGCCGGGAAGAUCUUCGGCUCCAUCUGCUCGCUGAGUGGGGUGUUGGUCAUCGCACUGCCGGUGCCCGUCAUCGUCUCCAACUUCAGCCGCAUCUACCACCAGAACCAGCGGGCGGACAAACGCCGGGCGCAGCAGAAGGUUCGCCUGGCACGGAUCCGACUGGCGAAGAGCACCACGACCAACGCCUUCCUGCAGUACAAGCGGAACGGGGGCCUUGAGGACCGGGGCAGCACAGCCCAUGCCUUGGCUGUGAGGAAUUGUUCGACAUUCGAGCAGCAGCACCAUCACCUGCUGCACUGCCUGGAGAAGACCACGAGCCACGAGUUCAUGGAUGAGCGCUCAUGCAGCGAGGCCGGGCUGCGGGGCUCGGUGGGCGGACGGAGCAGCCGCAGCACCUCCUUCUCCUCCCAGCAGGGCGGCACCACCUCCUGCUGCCCCCGCCGGGGUACAACAAUCGACGGGGACCAGACGCCGAAUCUGCUAAUCACUUUGCGCCUUUGA